UCAUGUGACCAAACAAGAGAGAAGGCCGGGCGAUGUAUACAAUCAUACGGUCAAUUUUGUCAAGUUUAUAUCACUUUUACAUUGAUUUAGAGUAUAGAAUUUGUCAAGWGUAAAACAAGGUGAUUAUGGAAGCUGUCUCAGGCAACGAAUUGAUAAAUAGCAACCAAACAAAUACUGUUGCUGUACCUGAAAUGCCUCCUUCAAGAAGUUGGUUUUCUUGGUGUCCCACGUCAGAUAGGCUACUGGAGUAUGCUGAAUCGAGGAUUUUAAAACAUUUAAAGACACACUAUGAGAAGAAAUUCGUCCCAGUAGUCAAAGGAAAUAAUGUAUGGACUGUUAAAUUCAACCCCUCGGCUAAGAACAUUCCCUUAGUGAUGGUCCAUGGGUUUGGAGGUGGUCUGGGGUUAUGGGCCCUAAAUAUUGAUGAUUUAGCAAAGAAUCGUCCAGUCUACACAUUUGAUCUUCUUGGCUUUGGUCGGAGCUCACGGCCACACUUCAGCUCAGAAGCUGACAUGACAGAGCAGGAAUUUGUAGAGUCAAUUGAAAGUUGGAGGAAAGAGCUUGGUUUGGAAAAGUUUAUCCUGCUUGGUCAUAGUCUUGGUGGUUUUCUGUCAUGUUCUUAUGCAUUAAAGCACCCAGACAAGGUCAAGCAUCUUAUUCUAGUUGAUCCAUGGGGGUUUCCUGAGAAGCCAACAGAUGAUGAGUUUCAGGCCCGUAUACCAAGAUGGGUGAAGGUUCUUGGAGCUGUUUUAAGCCCUUUCAACCCACUGGCUGGUCUGAGAGCUGCUGGACCCUUAGGUCCAUCCAUGGUACAGAAGUUCCGUCCAGAUAUCCAGAGAAAAUACGAAUCUUUAUUUGAAGAGGAUGAUACCAUCCUCAAUUAUAUUUAUCACUGUAAUGCUCAAUCUCCAAGUGGAGAGACUGCAUUCAAGCAYCUGAGUAUUCCAUAUGGAUGGGCAAAAUUUCCAAUGGUGAACAGAGUAGGAAACCUUGACAGAAGGAUACCAAUUACAUUUAUUUAUGGUGCUCGCUCUUGGGUUGAUAAUGAAAGUGCUUAUCAUGUGAAGGAUAUUAGGGGUAAUAAUUUAGUUGAUAUACAAAUCAUUAAAGGUGCUGGACACCAUGUAUACGCUGAUAGACCAGAUCCUUUUAAUAGCGUCUUAGAAAAGGUAUAUGAAAUGGUAGAUUCAAGUACAGAUGAUGAUGAACCAGAACCAAUGUGCAGAUUAGAAAGCCCUGUGUAAAAUGAGUUUUUCAUAGUGCCAACACAGUGUAUAUAUUAGAGUCAGUCUGAUAAACCUUUAAGGUUUCUAUUAUAGUGUAAAUAGGUUUAAUUCAAUAGAAUAAUAAUUUAUAGUUAAAUCAUACUGAAGUGCAUCAAUUUUAUUUAGUAAUUAAAAUGUUCAUUUUAGUUUGUUAAGUCAAGGCUUUUAGUGGCAAUUGUUCUUGAGAGUGUUUAUACUCAGGAUCUCUUUCCCUUGUACAGCCUGAUUUUCAGACAAGCCUGUAGGUUCAAUGCUAAUGCUUUUCUCCUCAAACUCAUUAGACAGAGUUUGGGGAGAGAAGUGUCAUUGCCAGACCCAUUUAAAAAUCUGGCUAGCCCCUGUAUUUUAACUUUUAAGGUUCUUACACAGUUAUUCAGACAUACUUUCAUUGCUAUUAUGAUACCAUUUGCAAAUAAUAUGUUGGCUAAUCUACUGAGAAUCUUAAAAUAUUUACAAAUAUUAUYAAAUUACACUGCAUUUAUAUCACUGAAUAUUAUUUUAUGCUUCAGUAAAAAGUACACAAAAAGGGGAAGAUAAAACUAACAGGCAUUAAUUUAUGCACCUAACAAAAUUACGCUGUGAAAUGAAGUUAGAAUCAAUUGAUCUGUCAGUAAAUUUAUACUGCCUACUGCAACAGUCUAGUUUAUUUAGUACAUAGUAUUUAUGCAUAAAUUGAUGUAUUAUUAUGAGAUUAUACUCCCUUAAAUAAAUUUAAUGCYCAAAAUCAAUUAAGAAUGUUAUAUAAAAUAAAGAGUUCUCAGAGGGAGAUGUUGAAAACCACAAUAUAGAUGCCCUCAGAAUUUCUUACUGUAUUUGUAAAGAUACAAAACAUAGUUUUACUAAUUACCCUAGUUAAACACAAUAUGUACAUAUAUUAAGUAAAACAUCAAACCGAAUUAAAACAUUUAAUUUUGUGAAA